CUUCGUUAGUCAGUCGUUUGUCGAGAGCGUAAGCGUCAAUUCGUACCACAGAGUGAAAAGUGCAUAAGUUUUUUUAGAAGACAUCAAUUUCAAUUCUGCAAAAUGGAUGCUGUUCCUGGAACGAGCACGAAUCUGGUGGGGAAAUUUACACAAAGUGUUCGGAGAAUCGUCCAGGACGUAAAGGAUGAAGGAACUUCAAGUGGGCAAACUAAGGAAGAGGUCAUUGAAACAAACGAAAGACUCAGAAUCGUAAGGAUACGCCUGGAUGGAAGUUAUGAAAUCGCUAAACGUGCCCUCGUUGAGCUUAUGUGCAAAUAUACUGACAGCAAACAAGUCCGCAAUGUGUUUCAACGUUACAACCUUCUAAAACUUAUGAUUAAGGACGUGAUUAAGUUAGAGACUCAAUACUGGACGCUGGUAGAUAUACCGAAGCAGGAAAAACAGGAAACGGUGCCCGCCUUUGUCCUGCGCGCGUGCUCCAUCAUGGAAAAGACCCACAAAAGCGGGGAGGGCGUAAAAACGUCGGCUCGACUGGCCGAGGAAGCGGAGACGAAACGUGAACGCAUCGACAGACUCGAAAGUAUGACAACGGCCCAAAUUGAAGCAGAGAACACGCAAAUGACUAACGAUUUGUACAGAUUACUGAAAAAAUAUACAGGACUCAGAAAUCUCAUCCGAGGUUUGAAGGAGGAGUACAACAGCUCGAAGGUGUACCCAAUUUUUCCUCGUUAUCCGAUACUAAAGGAUAUGAUAAAGGACAUAAUGCACAACCCGGACUACAUGGAAGUUUGUCACGAAGUGGACCAAGCAUAGCGGCCGGACCCCCUCCACCGUUCGCCGCGCAUGACUUUGUAAAAUUCUAUUUACAACAAACGUUCCGCGUGGUAGUUGGUGAAGGGGGUGAACUAGAUAAAACGAGCCUCGAGGAGGCAAUUAUUUCGUACGGUGGAUUGAUCGCCACAAAUUGAGUUUAUUUCAAACGCGUCUCCGUAUGAACACC